CGCAGUGCGCAUGCGCGGAUCAGCUGAGCUCACAUUAUACCUUAGCUUUUUACCAUGACGCGCUCCAUGAUAUUUUAGCCUAUAUCUGUUACAUUUUUCAGAUUUAAGAAAAUGUCUGAUACUACAGCUAGUGUAUCGUGUUCUCCGCAGAUUGCGGAAACAGACGAUAACAAAAGUACAGGUGAUACCAACCCAGAAACAGUACAAAACACUAUUAGCAAUAAUUCUCAGGUUGAAGAAGUGUCACAGAAUGAUAAUCCUCUAAAAGGCCUGCUGACUAAAACCUUUUGCUAUGUGUGUGAAGCAACUCUGCUUUAUGACGCCCAGAGAUUUUCUCAUUAUAAGGGUAAGAAGCAUGCUCAGAAAGUCAAGCUUUUCCUGCAGGACAAGCAAGCUGAAAAGCUUAAAAAAAGCCAGGAAUCCAAAACCUCUUUGACAGGUCUCUCUGCAGACCCUGAUAAGUUUUGUGAGUUGUGUAACAUGGUGUUUAGCUCCCCGACCGUUGCCAGGUCUCACUACAUGGGCAAAGUUCAUGCCAAGAACAUGAGAAAAACAAACGCUCCACCACAAGGAAAUUCAACACCCCUACUCGCAUCCACAGCUCCUGUUGCUCAACCAGCAGAGGUCGCUGUGCAGAAAAAAUCUGCUAAGGAGCAAAAGGGCGCCUCUGUUUUGUGCGAUCAAGAGGUCAAUGAUGAAGACCCCAUCAAGUAUUGUAAGUUGUGCAAAGCUUCCUUCAACAACGCUCUGGUCGCUCAGCAGCAUUACAGCGGUCGGAAGCAUCAAAGGAAUCAAACACGACAGCAGAUGAUGGACGAGCUCGCGGACCAGUCUGAGCAUGCGAGCUCCCUGACGUGCCCGAUAUGCUGCGUGACUUUCAGCUCAAUAGAGAUGUACCAUGCACACAUGAAGGGAAACAAACAUCAGACCAAAGAGAAGAAAGUAAUGGAGCUAUGUCAAUCUCAGAAGAAAGUGUAUGACUCCUAUCAGGACGAGCUGUCUGACUACAUCCAGGUCCAGAAGGCCCGGGGCCUGGAGCCCAAGACAAAUCCAGCCACUGUGGGACAAACAAGCAAAAGUGUGACCGAGAUUACUAUAGAAAACCCACAGGCAGUAGAGGUGAUGCCUCAUCCUGUCCUUAUGCCACAGCGACCUCCACCUCCUGCUUUUUCCCAACCACCCUGGCAUCCGCAAUUCCCAUCUCAGGUCAAUCAUUUAGGCUUCAGACUGAGAGGACCUGUCCCACACUAUCCACUAGAGUAUAUGUCCCACCCCCAUCAUCAAUUCAUACCUGGUCAGUUACACAAAAGAAGGCGGAGCCCUGACUCGUAUAGCUCCUCCUCUUUUUCAGACUCAUCUUCAUCCUCCUCUUAUACUAGCAGCAGUGGUAGUACUGACAGCAGCAGCAGUUAUGACAGUAGAGAAAGAAGUAGACGGAAGAAGAGAAAGAUGAGGAUGCAGAGCAGGAAGAGGAAAUACCCGGAGGACGAUUGUGAUGUGGAAAAAAGAGGAAGGGAGGAAGAACGAGGGGAAAGGGGAAAAAAGGAAAGUAAAAGAAGGAAAAAAGAGAGAAGCUCUAGUGAGGAUAAGCAAAGCAGGAGCAGAAAAAGACCAAGUAGGAAGCAUAGGAGACAUGGGGACACACACCAUGCAAAGAGACAAAAAGAGGAGGAGCCUGUGGUGAAAGGGGAGGAGGAAGUUCAGAACGUGGAAGCACAGGGCAAUAUUACUCAACAUGUUGAUGAAUGGACAGAUAUGAAAGAUGGCAAACAAAAGCACAAGAAAGACAAGAAGAAGGGGAAGGAGAAAGUGAAUCAAGAGGACAACAGAACAGAAGAAGAAAGACUCUGGGAUGAGACUAUUCUUGGUGUUUUCUAAAGGCUGAUGAUUCGACAGCUUUAUAAUAAAACAGCGACGGACCUCAAAAAAGAUGUGUGAUGAAAUCUGCUGGACUUAAUGCAUGCUGCAUAUGCCCUCAGAAGAGAUCAUCUUUUAAGUAUAUCUUUUAUUCGCCCAAGGACUGCUGAGUUUAGGAUGUCUCAAGAGCUGCCUUUAGCUGUCCAGCUCAUAUUUCGUUCAUGAAUAAAAAGGAAUAAGAAUGUAUUUUGCUCAUGGCAAAUGAAGAACACUUUUGGCAGUA